AUGGGUGUACCAGUUGAAAAAGGAUUCAACAUUCCAAAAUAUGUUCGAAUUAAACUUAAAGAAGAAUUACCUCCAGGAACUCUUGUGUUAAAUAUUAGAGGAUUUUUAAACUCUGGUUCUGUGACUCUGUAUUAUACUGAUGAGAUUAAUAACCCUAGUCAAAAAGAAAGAAUGUCCAUUAUUGUGUCAAGUUUAAAUUUAGUCUCUGAAGUUGCAGUUGUAAAUCGUUUAUUUCGAUUAAACAAGGAAGCACAAAGUAUAGUGACAAAUGUGGUUAUUGAUAGAGAUACAUUAUGCAGUAAAGAUCAGUUGUGUUGUCGAAAUCCAACAGUAAAAAUCGAUAAUGGAUUCCUUGAUAGCCCUAUGCGACUACCAAUUUCAAAUUCUGUUCAACUGUAUAAACCUUAUCAAAGUAAAACAGCCGAUUUAUGUUUAAUUCAAUUUCGAGUAAUUUUUUCUAUAUAUCAUGAACAUGCUAAUGGUAAUGGUGAAGAUGAUGCUGAAAAGAAUCAGAUUAAAGGAAGUAGGGAAGAAAUGGCUUAUAUUACAGUAGAAGUUGAACUACUAGACAUUAAUGACAACUCACCUCAAUUUAUUCUGCCUACACCGGUUUACACAGAUCAUAUGCCAAAAACGGUUACACUUUUGCAUAAUCCUGUGCCUGUAAUAGAAAUAUCUAUUGAAGAAUCAAUUAGCCUGAAUUCUUGUAUAAACUUGCCUAAAGCAUUUGAUCCAGAUUCAGAGAAGUAUGAUGUAACUGAAUAUCGAUUGGAUUCAUUAUCUCCAUCAGACAUUUUAACAUUGAAGCAUAAACUUUCUUAUUCAAACCUCAAUAAUGUAAAUAAAUACGAAUUGCCUUUUUCUUUAGAACAAAAGGCUUGUACAAACUCAUUACUACUAUCUUACAAUGAGGUAAGCAUUAAUACUCCUCUGCAGGACACAGAUGAAACAUUUGAACUCCAGUCAAGUAUUGAACAGUUAACCCCAUCUUUAAAAGUAGUAAACUAUCUUGAUCGUGAAGUAACUGAGUAUUUUUGGAUUAAAUUAUUAGCAGUUGAUGGCACUAAAUACUUGUAUUCUGAUGCUUCGAAUCACCAGGAUAUCACUGGAAAUACAUCAAAUAGAUAUUCAGUGCAAAUUCCUCAACACACAGGCACUGUAUUAAUACGUAUUCGUAUUUUAGAUGUUAAUGAUAAUACUCCAGUUGUACCGAGAACACUAAAUCUUGACAUUUCAGAGGAUGCCAAGGUAGGCACAACGCUGGGGCGAAUAAACGGCUCAGAUCCUGAUUUCGGUGAUAAUGGCAGGUUGUAUUAUCGUCUGAUGAUUGAUCCAACCAUUGUGUCUAACUUUCCAUUCGCCGUUGAUUCACAGACAGGUACUAUCACGGUAAAUCGUCCAUUAGAUGCCGAUCGAUUACCAGCAUCAAAUAAGCACAUACGUUUCAAAAUACUAACUAGUGAUUUCGGUAAACCAAUAUCGCAUUCAGCCUACACAAUCAUUGAUGUACGCGUCAAUGACAUAAAUGACGAAACGCCACAGAUUAAGGUAGUUGAUUUAGAAAGUCAUAGCAACCCACCUUACCCUACAGUAUUAGAAAACAGACCACCUGGUCAACUAGUAGCAUUUGUCACCGCUACGGAUGCUGAUUCAGGCCUCAAUGGCGCUCUUUCAUGUCGUAUAGAUAAUCCUAAAUUUAAACUUGAACAAAUAGUUAUUUCAAAAUCCGACCCAAAUGGCCAUACACACAAUAAAAUAAAUUCGUAUAACUUUGAACCAAUGAAUAUUCAGCCACUGAAAGAUCCUCCCAAUACUUUAGAUUUCAAAGUGAUUACCUCCGUGGAACUUGAUCGUGAGAUGAAUGCAUUGGAGGCUAUUGAAAUUAUGUGCACAGACCAACCACUAAAUAGUGCAACAGUGAGAACUGGUAGUAUACAAUUUUUCGUAACAGUGUUGGAUGAAAAUGACAAUUCGCCUACAUUUAAUACAAACAAAUUUAAAUUAGAUAUCAUGGAAAAUACUCCAUCAGAUGAAGUCAUAUUUGUUUUCAAUGCUACAGAUUUAGACUACCAAAAUUAUCCAAAUGGUGGCAGUACACAUCGAAUAAAUCAACCUAAUUUUCAUCCCUAUAUAAAGCAGCAGAAUAUGCGAAUCGCUCAACUAACUGAAAGGAUUAAAUACUUCAUUGAUUCGCGUGGUGAACAAUAUUUUCGUAUAGACACUGAUACCGAAAUUGAGUUCAAUGUAACAGCCAACGACAAUGGUCGUCCGCCGAAAAAUUCAACAGCAGAAGUAAUAAUCAACAUUAUAGAUCAAAAUGAUCAUGCUCCACAGUUCGAGAAACCAAUAUUUUAUUUUAAUUUAUCUGAAGAUUUACCUAUCAAUUCCAUUGUUGCUACACUUGUUGCACAUGAUGAUGAUGUUGGAAAAAAUGCAGAGAUAACAUAUAAAUUAGAUGAUUUACAUGGUAAUGCAAUAAAAACCUUUCGACUUGAUAGAAAUAAUGGUACAUUAUGGUUACGAGCACCAUUGGAUAGAGAAAAACUGGAUAAUUAUGCUUUUAAAGUGCUAGCUUUCGACCAUGGAAUACCUAAACAAAGUUCAUCCUGCCAAGUUCAUAUUAAAGUGUACGAUGUAAAUGACAAUCCACCAAAAUUUGUUUAUCCUACCCACAGUAACCAUACAGUAUAUGCGUCAAUCUUCACUAAUCCUGGAAUUCCCUUGGUCAAACUGACUGCGACAGAUGCAGAUGAAGGUGUCAAUUCACAAUUAACUUUUUAUCUGUAUGAUGAAUCGAAUACGAAACAGAUUUUUACAAUUAAUCCACACAGUGGAGAAUUAUGUCUGCAGCCAACAGACGAUCCCUAUUCCAUUGAAGGUCGUCACCAAUUGAAGUUUGAGGUACGUGAUGCCGGUACGCCAAGUCUUUCGGGAUAUGCCAACAUUAAUAUUAUAUUAGAUCGUAACUCACCGCAGUUAGCAUCAUUCAUUGCUGGAAAAUAUCACCAUCCAAGUAUGGAGUUACCUCAACCAAGAAAUAUUUAUCGUCCAGCACCACAUAAAAACGAUGAUGAUGUCAUUCAUGAACCUUCAAACAUAGAAUUCAAGGGUAUUCACUUGAGACAAGAUAUCAGUGGUACACAAAGCGUUGGUUCUACUCAUGCUCAACCUAUUCAUUCUAUCUCAGCUUAUUCAAAUGAAAAUGCUCGAAGAAGUGAUAAAGUUUCAGCUAGGUCAAAUCAAAAGGCUUCAACGCAUUUUAAUUUAGAAAAAAUUUGGAUUGUUAUCAUAUGUCUUAUAGCAAUAUCAACAUUGGUUGCAUUUGUUUUUCUUGUUGCAAUAACACUGACACGUCAAAAGGUGACAACUUGUGAACUUAGACAACCAUCAAAUCACUUACGAGAAAAUUACAAUUUAUGCAGUACCGAACAGUGCAGUAACAGUCAAUUCUCCGUAAAUACUCAACGUAUUACUAACAUCAGUAAUGCUUAUUCACCGACUAAAUAUCGUACAUUAGAAAAAGUGGAUCACAUCAACAAUAACCACAUUGAUAAGAAUCAAAGUCAUAAUCUAUAUUCAUCAUUUAUCAAAUAUGAUACAAAUACUGAUUCAAACAUGAAAUCUCCUCAUCAGCUGGAAAUUUUCUCAAAAGAUCACUCUGUAGUCAACACGGAUAUGUUUCAGAGACCUGUAUACAACUACAAUAUGCCAAUAACUGCUAAUUCACUCCAGUUCAACAGAAAAUUUCCACAAGGUGAAAAUUUCAAUGACAGUAAAGAUUUUGCCUCAGAAAAAUGGGUUUCAUUGCUGCAGGUUCAACACUCAGCUCCUGCAAGUCCAAAUGACUAUUUUACUCAACGAUAUAAAACUAUAGAUCAACAUCAGAUGAAUACACCUAACCAGAAAUACGAAAUUCUCCAACCAUAUAAAUGCCAAGUUAAUAAAUCUGAUGAUAAAAUAUCUGUCAAUCAAAACAUCAAAGAUGGAUCGUUGAAACCUGAUGAUAUAGAAUUAUCCAGUUCUAGAGUAACAGUGCAUAACUGUCCACCAAUAAAGUGUCCUAAAGACAAAUCCUCCUUAUUCAUUAUUUCGCCAACAGGAAUACUUAAAGAAUGCAUCACUGAGACAAAUGAAAAUUUUAAUAAUGAGAAAGAUGAUGAUAAUGAUAAGCAUAGUAAUAUGCUAAAUAAAGUUGACAGUGAUGACGAUAGGGGAUCUUCACAGUCUUGUUCAACGGAUAUUCAAGGUCAGAGUUUUCAAGUAAAUGGACAUAAUGAUAUAAUUAAUGAUAACACUUGUGAUGGUGGACAAUAUCAUGUACAAAAUAAUACACUGAUACCGAACUCAAUAAAUAAAUUAAUCCAGUUACCGUCUAAGAUUAUUUGCGAUUCAAGUGAACAAAAUCAGCACUGCCGACAACAACGACAGCAAGUCAAUCUUAUAGCCAAAUCUCCAACAGAACACAAUUUAAUGAAUAUUAAUUCCAAGUGUUUAUCGCCUAACGAUACUGUAACUUCACUCUCAUCACAUGUUUCCACUUUUAUCUAAGAUUAUAUAUUUUGUUAUUAUCAUUUGCGUUGAUGAUAAGUUCAUAUAUUUGAUUUUUAUGAUAAAACGAUCAACAGAUCAAUCAUUUCCGUCUUGUGGUAUUUCGUUUCUUCCUACCUUUGAAUUUAUCGUUUCUAUUUCCCUCCUCGAAGUGAAGGUUAUUAGACAGUCAGCAUUUGCUAAAAGAUUUUACUAUAUGAAGGAAUAAAUUCUAAAAAGAUAUCAUGCACAAUUAUACAAUUCAAUGCAUUUCUCAGUUUUAUCAACAAUCUACAUAAUAUGCAUUCGCUACACAUGACUCUGUCUCCUUUUCAUUCUGAUUGUGUAUUUUUGUUUUCUGUCGUCAUUACUUUUUAAUGAUUGUAUAUCUUUGUCUAUAUGAUAAAAUGUAAAAAAUUAAUUUAAUUAGUAAUAAUAAAAACAAAGAAAAGGGCCAGUUCAAAACAUAUAUUAUUGUAAGAAUAUAUUGAAUACUAACGUGCGAUCAAAUAUAGUUUGAAAUGUUC